CUGCAAGAUCAUUUCGGUUUUCCUGAGUGCUCACAAGCGACCCCCAGAAAGCCAGUCGAAUGGACGGACCCUGAAAGAGGAGUGAUCCUUUCCUGACCAGUGUUGUUAACGGAAGGGCUUGGCUCAUAAGCCAAUCACACCCUCGAGAGGGUGGAGUUUUCAUCGGUGCUUCCAUUUCCAACCAAUCCGAGGGAAGGCAGAAGCGCAGUCCUCCAAUGGGAGUUGAGGAGCCCGCGGUAGUGAUGGAGCCCCGCUACCCUGCCAUCGCUCCGCUGAGCGUCGCGUGAAGCAUCCGUGAUCUGCGAGAUCUUGCUGUGGGCCAGGUAUCCAUUCUCCUGCGGCAGCUGUUAGAACCUACGGAGACUAGAGGUUUUGUGGAAGCCAGAAGAAGGCGUUGGAUCCCCCUGGAGCUGGAGGUACAGGCAAUUGUGAACCAAGCAAGGUUGCUGGGAACUGAAGUUGGGGUCCUGUGGAAGAACAGGAUGAACUGUUAACUGCUGAGCCAUCUCUCCAGCCCCAAAGAACAUCCACCAUUGUUAGAUCCAUCACCCUGCAUCUAGCUUGGACAUCAUUCAAAGGGCUCAUCGGGAGUAUCUGAUAUUCAGGAAGACAGAGUUUCAGGGUUUCUGCCUGGAGCUACACCCUCCAGAAGCCCCUGCUUGGCUUCCCAGCACCCAACCCCAUCCCAACCAGUUACGACUUGGGCAGUGAUUGGUGUUUCUUGGAAACUGGAACACGGACUCCUCCGACUGCGCUCACUUUAUCCUCAGUGAGCAGAAGACCACAGAAGCUGGCUACUGAAGAGGCUGUCCAGAUGGCAGUGUGCCUCACUGGCCUUGCUUAGCGCCUUUACCACAGAACAGUCGCUGAGUGCUGAAUCUGUGCCCAGCACCCGCAGCCACUGCAGAGAAUUCGUCAGGCCCCACGUCACUAAGGGCCACUCUAGAGAUCCCUCUAGAGAAGGCUAGAAAGAGGCGCUCUUCAUAGGCUCUGCACUGCCUAGAGUUCUACACCUUAUAGUACUGCUGAUAAUUUAUUUUUGUCUCUUGUGGAUGUAGUUUUGGAUAUAGUUUCUUAGAAAUUGGUCCAGUUUGUCUGUGUUUCUAAAUUCUCUGGCCUAAAGUUCCAUUUUGAAAUUCUCUGCUACGUAUAAUCUGUAACUAUGUCGCCUUUUUCAUUGCUAAUACUGGUCAUUUGUGCCUUCUCCCUUUUUUUCCUGAUCAAUCUCAGCAGAGGUUUGUCUAUUUUAUUAGUCUUUACAAAGAACCAACUUUUGGCUUUGUUGCUCCUCUCUAUUGUGUCUUUGUUCUCUAUUUCUUUAAUCUCUGCACUUAUCUUCUUUGACCUCCUUCCUUCCACAUUUUUUGGAUUUAUUCUAUUGUUGUUUUUCUGACUUCUUAAAUUGUAUAUUGAGCUCAUUCAUUUUCAGUAUUAUUUUCUUUUUCUGUUUGCUUGUUUUUGAUGUUUGUUUUUCUUUGAGACAGGAUCUCACUCUAUAGCCUAAGCUAACCUCAAAUUCGUGAUAAUCUCUUCCCUAGCCUCCCCACUGCAGGGAUUACAGGCAUGAGGCACUGAGCCUAGCUUUCAGCCUUUCGUGUUUUCUAAUUUAUAUAUUUAAAAGUUACAGAUUUCCUGCUAAUGCUACUUUCUUACAUAAUGGUAUAUUGUAGUAAUUUCAUUGCUGUUCAGUUCCAGGAGCUUCAGCGUAUCUAUUAUCAUUGCUUAUUUGACUCAUGAAUUAUACAGAAGUAUGUUUAAGUUCCCAGAUGUUUGGGGGAUUCUUAAGUUUGUUUUACUAUAGAAAUCUAUCUUAAUUAUGUUCAGAUGAUGUGGUUUAUGUGAUAACUGAAAUUUACUGAGACUUGUUCUAUUGCUUAGUACAUGAUUGAUAAUUAUUGUUUCCUAUGUGCUCUAUAAGAAUGUGUCUCCUCUAAUUGAAUAUACAGAUCUACAUGUGUCUAUGAGCAAUGAUCUUAUUCAAGUUGUAUUUCUGUAAGCUGAUCGUUUUUGUUAUGAACUACCAGUAAUUUUGAAACUCUAACACUGGAAUUACCUGUUUUCUUCUUAUAGUUUCCUUUUUUAACAUAAAUUAAGAAUUGUUAUAUUUCUGGUAAAUGUGUAAUAUCCUCUCUAUUCCUGAUAAUAGAGGAAUUCUGCUAGAUUAUCUUGUAUUGAUAUAACAGCACAAGCUUUUCUUCUUGUUAGGGUUUGUGUGGCAUAAUUUUCUAUCUUUUUACUUUUAAGAGUUUUUUACACCUUUGUGUUUUAAUUUAUAUUUCUUGGAAACAGCAUAUGGCUGAACAUUUUUUAAAAAUCUAAUCUAAGGCUGGGUGUGGUGGCGCACACCUUUAAUCCCAGCACUUGGGAGGCUGAGACAGGUGGAUCUCUGUGCAUUUGAGGUUAGCCUGGUCUACAUAGUGAGUUUCAGGCCAGCCAGGGCUAUACAGUGAGACCCUGUCUCGAAAAAAGCUUAACUAAUGACCUCUGCCUUUAAAAGUUGGCAAGUUUGGUUUACAUUUGCUGCAGGAUGUUUGGACAUGUCUCUAGUAUCACUUUGUUAUUUUGGUUUUCCACUACUUUUUGUAUGUUCGGUUUUCUCUUUUCUCACCUGCUUUUUUAGUUCCUUCUACUUUUUUAGUUCCUUCUAGGAUGUGUUUUUUUAUUCUUUGGUUUCCUUGAAAUUCUAGCAUGUGUGUUUAACUUGCAAAGCUUAAACAAUAUUUUCAGUGUAUCUUGAAGAGUGUGAGAAGCUUAGAAAUUAGCAGUUUUAGUCAUUCCUCUCCUGACCAUUUGAUUUUGUUUGCAACUAUGUAAAUAUAUUCCUUGUUUUCUUUGUAAUCUCAUAAUUAUAUAUUAUCAGUAUUAUUUUCAGUGUUAUUUGCUCUGAUUUACAUGCAUACGUUCUUGCAUCUAAGACCCCAUUAAUGGCAUCAUUUUCUCUCAUUGUGAACACAGUGUUUAUCCUUUUAGUUUAGAUUUCUUGGUAUUAAACUCGCCAGUCUUUGUUGUGUGAAAAGCUUUAUCUUUAUCAUUAGAAGAGCUUGCUCACCUUUAAAAUACACAUAUCUCUUCUCGUUGGCUGUGAGAUGUGUGCCUUGUUGCCUUUCAAAAGAGCCAUGAGUCUAACUGUGGUUAGGUUUCAUUUGUUUUCUGAGCGGGGUGUGCAGGGAGUGCUGUGGUUUCAUUGUAACAUGUUUAGACUUGUUUCUUUUUCAUUUAUUCUGCUUUGAAAACGUGUUUAAUGGCUUAGUAGAAGCAUGUGUUUUUUAUAAUAUCUGGAAAAUUCUCAACUGUUAGAUUCUUUCUGGGUUUUUAUUUUCUCAGAAUCCAUUUACUCAUAUUGUGUGCCUCUUAAUUCUGUUCUUCAUAAUAACCCUUUGAUAUUUUCUAGCUCCUUGUACUUCAUUUGGGGAAAUUUCAUUGGGUAUAUGUUUUAGUUUAUUCUCUUUUCAGUUAUUUUUAAUCUGCCUUCUCCUUUUUUCCAUUGAGUUUUUCUAUUUCAAAUUUGUCUUUUCCUUUGUAAAAGGUUCGCUUACUUUCUCAUCUGUCUAGCUAUCCCCAGUUAAGUCUCUUGUUCCUUGUUCAUCUUUGUGAUUACAUCUGUCUUUAAGUAUAAUUUUUUGUUGUCAGACUGCUUUUUUGCAUGAGUAUGACAUUAUAAAUACUGCUCCCAUCUGAAGUGCACAGUGCACUGAUUACAUCAUCUUAUUGCACACCUUCUUGCUUUCCUAAAAGCCAGUGUUUUAGUAAUUUGUUUUCUUUUCUUAGUGUUGUAGCACCCGUUACUAAUUCUUGGUAAUUCUACAAGAAUUAAAAAUACUUCUUAGAAAGUGUUUGUGAAAUCCAAAUCAGGUCAUGCCUCUGUUCUGCUUAGACUCCUCCCAUGGCACCCAGUUCCCUCAGUACAAAAGCCAGAGUCAUCUCAUCUCCAUGGCCCAGACCUUCCUCACAGUCUAGUUCCAUCCCCUCCCCGAUCUCAUUGCUCUAGCUAUACUGGCCUUUCUCCUAUUCCUCAAGCAUGCUAGGGGCCUUCCAAGCAGGACCUUUGUAUUUGCCGUUGUCACUACCUGGAACACCCUUCCUUCCAAAUAAUGUGAUGACUUGAUCAAGUAUUUCCAUUAUGUUCAAAUGUUACUUCCCUUCACGAAGUAUUUCCUAACCACCAUAUAUCAAAUGGUCCUAUCACUCUCCACGUUGUGUCUUAUCCUAUUUUAUGUUAUAUCCUCUACAAAGCACUGAUGACUACUUGAUAUAUUUUAUAUUUAUUUGUUGUAGUUAGUGUUUGUGUCUACCAAAUAGACUGUAAGCUCCUCAAAGCAGAGAUUUCUGGUGUGGUUUACUGCUGUAUCCCCAGUGUCAAGAACAGUGUAUAAUAAUAUUCAGUGAACAUUAAAUAAAAUAUUUGUGGAAUAAAAUGAA